UUGAGUAACUGUAAUUGCGCGCGUUAAUUCAAACUGAAACAACGUCUCAUAUAGAAUAAUGGGUCAAUCUGAGAUCGUAAUGGGCUUAUAGCCCAUUAAUAACUAUUUGAAUUUGGGCCCAUUUAAAGCAUGAGAACCCUAAUUACGUAGCUUAAGCUCUUCUUUUGUCUAUCUGCGUCUCUCUCGAAGAUUUGAUUGCGAAGGACAACAAGCUCGAGGUGCAGAUUGAAUCAGUUGAUAAUGGAGAGUGAAACGAAACCAACCUUCAGCAAAUCAACAGGCCUUCCACGUAAGCGUUUCUACAGAGCAAGAGCUCAUAGCAACCCACUCAGUGACUCUCACUUCCCCAUUCCCAUUUCUCCAUCUCAUCUGGACUUCUCGCUUCACUUCCCCAAGUUCUUUGGAGCCAACAACGAAGAAGUCUCCAAGAAGGCUGAGUUCGCAGAUAUCGGAUGCGGCUUUGGUGGCCUUCUCAUCUCCCUUGCAACGCUCUUCCCUGAUACGCUCAUGAUCGGCAUGGAGCUGAGGGAUAAAGUGACUGAAUACGUCAAGGAACGGAUCUUAGCCCUGAGGAAGACGAGCUCGGGGGGACAGUAUGAGAACGUCUCUGUCGUUAGGACGAACUCGAUGAAGUACAUUCCGAAUUACUUUGAGAAAGGACAGCUUUCCAAGAUGUUUUUCCUCUUCCCCGAUCCGCAUUUCAAGGAGAAGAAUCACAGGAGGAGAGUGAUCAGCGUUGAUUUGCUUGAUGAGUAUGCUUACGUUCUUAGAGCUGGUGGGAUUAUAUACACGAUCACUGAUGUUGAGGAGCUUGGAGAGUGGAUGAGGUCUUGCUUGGAGAAACAUCCGAUGUUUGAGUCUUUGACGCAAGAUGAGCUUGAUUCGGAUCCUGUCGUUGAGCUUCUGUGCAGUGCUACUGAGGAAGGGCAGAAAGUUGCUAGGAAUGGAGGACAGACUUUCAGAGCCGUUUUCAGACGCAUUGCUUAUGUUUCUUGAACUCGAUUUCUUGUUCUGGUAGUGAACAUCUUAUUGUUGUUGUAACACAGCUUCUUUCUUAAUUUAAAAUUUUUGGGAUAGUAUUUACAGAAA